CCCCCAAAUCCCCGCCCUUGUCUCCUCACAUCGCAAUUCACCGUUCCCUUCCUUAACCGACCGACCAUGUGUCCUUCCACCCUCUCCCUCCCCGUUCGCCACCACCUGCCACCCAGCUUCCCCGGCGGUCUACGCCGCCGUCCCGGCCUCUUCCCCUCCCACAGAGUCGCCGCCUUCGGCUGGGACUACAGCGGCGGCAGGCUCGUCGACGAGAGCAUGAUCGUGCUGCGUAAGCGGAUCCACGAGAUGAAGAUGGCGGAGACGAACUACGAGCCGCCGGCGGACUGGAUGGACUGGGAGAAGCGCUACUACGCCACCUACCACGCCGACGUCUGCGAGGUCAUGUGCCUGCUGCAGACCGUCCUGAUGAGCACGAGGCCGAGCUGGGCGAUCGGGAUCUUCGCGGCCGUCACGCUCAGCGUCCCGGCGUCGGCGGUGCUCAUCUCCGUCCACCUCCUCGAGGCAUUGAAUUCGCUCAUCAGUCGCUGAUCCCAUUUUUCCUUUUUCAGUAAAAACAAAAAAAAACAAAAAAACAGCUAGCGUAUCCGUGUAAUAUCUAUUCGCUAUAUAUAUAAAAUAUCAUAAAAUUGUUUAA